AUGGAACUGGAUCCCAAUGUCGUAGCCCUCUUUGGCCCACCACCCGAGGAUCUGGACCUCAACCAUGAUCAGAUCACACUCUACAAUGCCGUUACUUGCGUCGUUCUUGGCAUCGCGUUCUUGAUGGUGGCGUUGCGGUUCUAUGUGAGGAACAUGAAGUCUGCCAAGUUGGAGAUGGAUGAUUGGGCUGUUUUGGUGAGCUUGUUCUGCUGUGGCUCGACUGUGGCCAUGACGAUUUUGGCUGGCGCGCAUGGGUCUGGAGCACACGUUUGGUCCAUCAAGAUCAUGACACUCGUCGAGGUCUUCAAGAUCGUCUAUGCAGAGCCUUUUGUCUACGCCCUGGCUGUCACAUCGGUCAAAGCCAGCAUCCUCCUUCUCUACCGCCGUCUUUUCCCUCUUGGUAUCGACAAGAGUCGCGCCUACACAAUCAUGUUCUACAUCGCAACAUUCAUGACAACUGUAUACCCUUUCAUCCUCUGGAUUACAAUGGCGUUUGCUUGUAAGCCUAUCAGGUUCUUCUGGACGCAAUAUAUCGGCGAGCAGGGCAAGUGUAUCGAGGUGAAGCUCUUCUUUCUUGUCCUGGGAGUCAUGAACAUGAUGAACGACAUCAUAAUCCUUAGUGUCCCUAUCCCUCGUAUCUGGACCCUGCAGAUGAACAACAAGACCAAGAUCUCGGUUAUCUGCAUCAUGCUUCUUGGCAGCUUUGUUUGUGUCGCCAGUAUCGCUCGAAUUUACUACCUCUGGGGGUUCUUCCAGAACGUCGAUGCGACAUGGUGGAUGGGUCCUUCAUUUGCAUGGUCAAGUCUCGAACCAUCCGUCGCCGUCAUCUCAGCGUGCUUACCUACACUGGCACCUCUCUUCCGACUCGGCCGUAUGGGCUCAACUUCACGAGGUACGCCUUAUGGGGGUUCCGGAGCAAAUGAGCUGUCCAAGCCUGGCUCCAAGCAUUUCCAACUCUUCAGCGUCAACCGAGCCAAGGGUACUGGCUUUCAAAGCGAGGAUGAUGAGGUUGAGCUGACAUACGAUGUGGGACGAGGAGGCACCAGCGAACAAGCUGUUUGGCAUGAUAAGGGCUCGGCAGCUGAGCAAGGCAUUGUUGUCCAGACGCAAGUUUCGGUCACACGUCAUGAUAGAAGACCGCCAAGUGAAGCCAGUUAG